GCUGGCGCCCGGGGAGCCCCGUGACCCAGGCGGCGGAGUAGGCACCGCUGCGGGGGGGCGCCCGGCUCUACUGCUCUUCCUCCCCCUCGCCAUCGCCCAGAAUGGGGGCUCCCGGGCGCCCCGCUGGAGGCUGGCUUGGGCCACAGAGGAGCGAGGCCCGAUCCUUACUUUCGAUGCACUCGCCCUCACUCUUGCCGGGCCACCCUCACCCUUUCGGAAAAGAGGUUGAGGUUAAAGCGUUCAUCCUCCGGGAUCUUCAGGCCAAUGGCAGGAACUGUGCAAGAGUUUGGGGGAAGAUGGUGUCAGACCCCUCUGCCAUGAACCAGUCCAUACCAGUGGCUCCCACCCCACCCCGCCGCGUGCGGCUGAAGCCCUGGCUGGUGGCCCAGGUGAACAGCUGCCAGUACCCAGGGCUUCAAUGGGUCAACGGGGAAAAGAAAUUAUUCUGCAUCCCCUGGAGGCAUGCCACGAGGCAUGGUCCCAGCCAGGACGGAGAUAACACCAUCUUCAAGGCCUGGGCCAAGGAGACAGGGAAAUACACCGAAGGCGUGGAUGAAGCUGAUCCGGCCAAGUGGAAGGCCAACCUGCGCUGCGCCCUUAACAAGAGCCGAGACUUCCGCCUCAUCUACGACGGGCCCCGGGACAUGCCACCUCAACCCUACAAGAUUUACGAGGUCUGCUCCAAUGGCCCCGCUCCCACAGACUCCCAGCCCCCUGAGGAUUACUCUUUUGGUGCAGGAGAGGAGGAGGAGGAGGAAGAGGAAGAGCUGCAGAGGAUGUUGCCAAGCCUGAGCCUCACAGAUGCAGUGCAGUCCGGCCCCCACAUGGCACCCUAUUCUUUACUCAAAGAGGAUGUCAAGUGGCCGCCCACUCUGCAGCCGCCCACUCUGCAGCCGCCCGUGGUGCUGGGUCCCCCUGCUCCGGACCCCAGCCCCCUGGCUCCUCCCCCUGGCAACCCUGCUGGCUUCAGGGAGCUUCUCCCUGAGGUCCUGGAGCCUGGGCCCCUGGCUGCCAGCUUGCCCCCUGCAGGCGAACAGCUCCUGCCAGACCUGUUGAUCAGCCCCCACAUGCUGCCUCUGACCGACCUGGAGAUCAAGUUUCAGUACCGGGGGCGGCCACCCCGGGCCCUCACCAUCAGCAACCCCCAUGGCUGCCGGCUCUUCUACAGCCAGCUAGAGGCCACCCAGGAGCAGGUGGAACUCUUCGGCCCCAUAAGCCUGGAACAAGUGCGCUUCCCCAGCCCUGAGGACAUCCCCAGCGACAAGCAGCGCUUCUACACGAACCAGCUGCUGGAUGUCCUGGACCGCGGGCUCAUCCUCCAGCUACAAGGCCAGGACCUUUAUGCCAUCCGCCUGUGUCAGUGCAAGGUGUUCUGGAGCGGGCCUUGUGCCUCAGCCCAUGACUCAUGCCCCAACCCCAUCCAGCGGGAGGUCAAGACCAAGCUUUUCAGCCUGGAGCAUUUUCUCAAUGAGCUCAUCCUGUUCCAGAAGGGCCAGACCAACACCCCACCACCCUUCGAGAUCUUCUUCUGCUUCGGGGAAGAAUGGCCUGACCGCAAACCCCGAGAGAAGAAGCUCAUUACUGUACAGGUAGUGCCUGUAGCAGCUCGACUGCUGCUGGAGAUGUUUUCAGGGGAGCUGUCUUGGUCAGCUGAUAGUAUCCGGCUACAGAUCUCAAACCCAGACCUCAAAGACCGCAUGGUAGAGCAAUUCAAGGAGCUCCAUCACAUCUGGCAGUCUCAGCAGCGGUUGCAGCCUGUGGCCCAGGCCCCUCCUGGGGCAGGCCUUGGUGUUGGCCAGGGGCCCUGGCCUAUGCACCCAGCUGGCAUGCAAUAACAAGGCUGCAGAUGGUGCCUGGCCCUGGCUUCCUGGGUGGCGGUGCGGACUGAUGUGGAGAUGUGACAGCCCCGGUGAGCACCUGGCUGGCUGCAGAGUCCUACCUCUGGGUUUCCUGGAAGUGGAUUUGGGCCAAAGGCCCGAGCCCCUGCCUUCCCAGGCCUUUCUCUCCUGGGCUGUCUCUGGUCUUGUCAGCCUGGCUCUCGAGAAAUUCAGCCAUGAGCAGGGAAGGAACUCCCCCAACUCUGGGGCCUAGCUGUAUAGGAGGAAUUGCCUAAGCGUGGCCCACUCUUGUGAUUGCCCCAUUUCCUCUGGCAAAAAAAGCCAGAGUGUUGUGGGCCAAGUCCCCGCACAGGGCCUCUGCAGGGCAUGGCCCUGAUUUCCCUGGUUUGAGCCUCACUUCCUCAUCUCCCUGUCCUCUGAGAUAAUAUGAGUGAGCACUUAGGCAUCAUAUCAGAUGCUCAAGGCUGGCAGGUACCCCCCUUCUUGAGAGUCCAAGAACCUGGAGUAGAAAUAAUUUUUAUGUAUUUUUGGAUUAAUAAAUGUUAAAAACAGA